GCACGUUAGAAGCACACACUCUCAAACAAACUCUUCUUUCAAUCUUAUUACCAACAACAACAAUGUCACACCAUCUUCAAGAGCCCUUACCCACUUACCCUAAGCCGGUUUUAACCAAAGAAGAGCAAGAAAUCGACGACAAAAUGGUGAGUUUGCAAGCGGAGAGUAUCAUCAACACCGUGGCUUUCCCCAUGGUUCUCAAAGCCGCCUUGGAGCUUGGUGUCAUCGACUCAGUCGCUGCAGCAGGCGACGGUGCGUGGCUCUCACCGUAUGAGAUAGCCCGUAGUCUCCCAAUCAAACCCACCAACCCAGAGGCGCCAGUGUUGCUUGAUCGGAUGCUGCGGUUACUCGUCAGCCACUCGAUCUUGAAGUGUCGUAUGAUUGAAUGUAAAGAAAACGGUCUAACCGGAAAGAUGGAGAUGGUAUAUGCAAACGAACCGGUUUGCAAAUAUUUCUUGAAAGAUAAGGAUGGUUCUGGUUCUCUCGUUUCUCUAUUUAUGUUGCUCCAGAGUGAAGUGUUUUUCAAGACUUGGACAAAUCUUAAAGAUGUGAUACUAGACGGAAGAGAUGCAUUCGGCUCUGCCCAUGGCAUGGGACUUUUUGAAUACAUUAACUCGGAUGGGAAAUUUGCUAAAGUGUUUGAUCGUGCCAUGUCAGAACCUUCCACCAUGAUUUUGAAGAAGGUUUUAGAAGUCUACAGAGGAUUUGAAGAUGCUACCACUUUGGUGGAUGUUGGUGGAGGAAGUGGCACUACAUUAGGUCUAGUCACAUCCAAGUAUCCUCAUAUCAAGGGUGUUAAUUUUGACUUACCUCAGGUUUUAGCCAAUGCUCCUUUAUAUCCAGGAGUGGAACAUGUCUCCGGAGACAUGUUUAUAGAAGUUCCCAAAGGAGAUGCCCUGUUUAUGAAAUGGAUACUACAUGAUUGGACGGACGAACUCUGUAUAAAGCUUCUAAAGAACUGUCGGAAGAGUCUACCGGAAAAUGGAAAAGUGAUCGUUGUAGAUUUGAUUACACCAACAGAACCAAAGAGUGGUGACUUUUCCUCUAACUAUAUGUUUGCUAUGGACAUGUUGAUGCUAACACAAUGCUCGGGCGGUAAAGAGAGAUCGUUUUCGCAGUUUGAGAAUUUGGCAUUUAGUUCAGGUUUUCGUCGAUGUGAAGCUAUAUGUCGUGCCUAUUCAUAUUCUGUAAUCGAAUUCCACAAAUAAAUUUGGAAUUACGAAAAUUAUAAUGAAAAUAUAUGUAAUGAAUAAAUUGUGACUUGUUAGUAUCGGAGCUUAUUUAUAUGAUUUGUAUUGCAUGUAAUAUAGUUUUAUUGUAUCAGCUUGCUCUAUUUUCUUUUCAGUUUGUGGUGUUUGCGAAGUAUUUAUAACGGAAUGUAAUGACUCUCUGAUUAGUAUGAACUUUGAAGCUAUAUGUUUUGCAUUA